AUGUCGAGCCGCAAUAGAAAUGGACCUGGGCAGAUGAAGCCGCGGAAGAAGGCUGUCAAACCCAUCCUGAAGAAAAUAACACACAGCGAAAAGAAUUCGUUGGACUUGGACCGGCUUGCGGUGGAGCAGGAUGGCUUUGGUGGCAGUGGUGUUGGAAUGUCUGAGUACGGGAUGCCGUCUCGCUCUUCUCACGAUGCUGUCUUCAAUGCGACGGGCAGAAGGGGAUACCACAACCGCUCAACCAGCGGGACUUCUCAAUUCUCCACCGCCACCGCAGGAAGCGGCCAUCGCGGUGUAGCAUUUGUUCAUCCUUUCCAACAGACACCGCGGCCAUACACACCGCCACUGGCACCGCCGUCCUCAAAGCAGAAUUCACUGCGCGAGAGUGAAUAUUCAGAGAGGGAGAGCCCGGCUUUCGAGACGUCAACUGAAGAUGAAGAUCAGGCGCGGCGACCUCACUUGCUCCGCAACCUCUCAAGCACAAACCAAACUUCAUCAUCUUUGAACAGCACAGCGUCGCCCGUCCUCCCGCAGGAGCCUCUACGUAUACAAACUAAACCGUCGCCGUCCCGUCUUGCCCUCGCAACGUCGAGUACAAGUCUCCAUAUCCACAAUCCCGCCGGUAGCUUGACUGUGAACCCAGAGGUCGGCUCACCUUCUGAAACCAUGUCGCCCUCUUCCCUCCGCACCUCUAUUGAGGGCUUUCGUCUUCGCAGCCGCAGCGAGGCUGGCGAUUCCCGUUACCGUCCAGAAACUAUCCAGGAGGCACGACGCAAGUUUUACGAGAGAGAACAAGCCAAGGAGGAGAAGGCAGCACGCGAAGAGAUCCGGCUCAGAGAGAAGCAGGACCAGAAGCGGGCCCGAGAGAUAGAGAGAAAGUAUCGCAGAUCUUCCGCGGCCAGUGAAGCUACUCGCUCCAAGCGGUCGAAAUCCGAUCUGACCAGAAAGGAGAAGAGAGAAGGCUCGUUCGCCAGUCAUCAUAACUUUGGUCCAGGCCAGGGUGACCCAUUCUCCUCCCAAGCUCGUGAUGAUGGCGUUCCAGGAAAGAACUUCACAAAGCUGGCGAAGAAGAAGACACAUAGUGCAUGGACGAAGCUCAUGAUGUGGCUCCGAACUCGCAUCAUUCGCAUGGGCGGAAAGCGUGAUUAUGACAACUGA